AGUAAAGAUUAUCAUGAUGGUGUGGGUGAUGGUAGUGCCUCAGGGUGGUGAGGAACCUUUCAACCCAUCACUAACAGCGUUGAUCCUGGCAUGUGCUCGGGAUAUCUGAACCAUGCUUGAUACUAAACCUACCAAGAGGACUAUGAAAGUCCUCUUGAAAGAAUUUAAGGCUGAUAAAGUGAAGAAUGCCAACGUUAUCGUUGAUGUAUUGGAACGUCUGGAGAGUAAUGAAGCAGGGACUAUCAAAUCUGCCAUAAAUGGGUUGCACAAUAUUUUUACAUAUCUUGUGAAUGAAGAGGACAUUAAGGUUCCACCUAAAAGACCUGGCAGUGUUGAGAGUGCAAGUGACACAUUUAAUCGGUGGCUUUAUCAAAGGUAUGAGGAAACACACAAGAAAUUGCUUAUUCUAGUAGGACAUAAAGAUCAAUCUGUACAGGAACUGGCACUCUGCUCAGUCAUAAAAUUCAUACAGUCAGAAGGACGACAUCCAGUAAAGAAAAGAAAAGAUGUUGUCUACCAGUUCCCCCAACACAUAUUACAGCCUUUGAUGAUGCGUCUCGUAUCAAGUACCGUGGAUAACCGACACUUGAUAACUAUGCUGUACGAGUAUAUGGAAUGCCACGACUUCAUGUUCUUUACUCUCCUGGUCUUAAGCACCAUAGUAAAAAUGCAAAAGGGUAAGGAUGUCUCAGUGACAUUCAUGAACAAUCUGUUCCCCUUGUUAGAACAGAUCAAUAUACCAAUGGAAAAUGCUGCUAACCUUGCAUACCCCAAACUUUUGCUUAAGCAACAAGAUGGUAGUGAAACAGGUGAAGAUGAAGAGCUGCCCAUGUUCGUCAUUCCAUAUGACAAGGCUAAAAGAGCCAUUAAUACCAUCUGGCCAGAGGUGCUCAGAUACCCUUUAACAAAUGAUCUUUAUCGUCGUUGUCUGAUCCUCAUACCUGAGAAGGUGAUGCAUCACCUCGACAAACCCAUUAAUCUCACAGAUUUCUUCAUGGAAUCCUAUAAUAUUGGUGGAGCUAUCAGUCUCUUGGCCCUUCAGGGAGUGUUCAUCUUAGUACAUAAACAUAACUUAGAGUAUCCAGACUUCUACAAGAAACUGUAUACUUUGCUUGAGCCAACUGUGUUCCAUGCCAAAUAUAAACCAAGAUUCUUCAUGCUAUGUGACCGUUUUCUUGCCUCAUCACAUAUUCCAGAGUACCUAGUUGCUGCCUUCAUCAAGCGCCUGGCGCGGCUCUCCCUUGUAGCGCCAGCUUCGUCUCUUGUUCUCAUUCUGAAGUUCAUUGCAAACCUUCUCAUUAGAUUUCCAGGGCUGAAGAAGCUCAUAGAUAACCCAAAUUCACAAGCCUUGGAGUCUGACCCAUAUGAUGCCGAUGAGCUUGACCCUGCCAAAUGCCAUGCCUCUGAAAGUAGCCUGUGGGAAAUUGCCACCCUAAAGCAACAUGUUCUGCCAUAUGUUUCAAGAGUUGCUGGGUUUAUUGACAGAAAUUUGCCAACAGUGGAAUAUAAUAUAUCAGAAUUUGUAGAAACAUCUUAUGAAGAGAUAUUUGAGCGAGCAUGCAAGAUGACUGUACGAGAAACUGUGGCUACCACUUUUCAUAAACCUCUGGGACUCUUCAAUUAUCAUGAUGAUCAGAUGUCUCAGUUCUGGAGUGUAGUGUGACCCAUCUUAGUAAUAAGUAUUUUAAGUAAUAAAUUAUGGAUAAUUAUUUGAUAUUUUAAUACAAAUUAAAUGGCAAGAAAUUGUAUUAAUAAAACUUUUGGAAAAUUA